AUGCAAAGUAUGCUUAGAUACAUAAUCCCUUCAACGAUGAGACAAAAUGCAAAGCACCAACGGGAUCAGUGGUUAAAAAUGACUGCAUCAGAUCAUGAUAUCAUGUACCAUUUCCAGUCGUCGUUGCGAAUAGGGGAGCUAGAGCGAUAUAUUUUCACUUAUGACCUUUAUAUGGGAGAUGAGAUACCCAGUGAUUUAACGUUGGAUUCAUUGUGGUUGAAGAUCAAAAACAUUGAAAACGUGACGCUCAGGGCAGCGUAUUUGAUGGGGCCCUACGUGUUGUACGCGGAUGUGCGAACGAAGGAUUACCACCACAAACAAAGAUUAUUCAUUUCUGCUGAUCAACCUCAGUUUGAGUCUAAUAUUCAACCGCAACAGGAUUUUAUUGCGGAGCUUUCAUUGCACAACUUGAAGAAACGGUACGUAUGGAUUGUUGACAUUGCAAGCCAAAUCUUAUUUACCAAACAGGCAUCGAUAAACUUUUCUAUCACCGUAGGUGGUAGUAAGGAAUCAAUAAGUGUGGACUCAGCAAGAAAUAUCCAGUUGGGGGUACAGAGUUCAAGAAUGAAAGUGGAUAGACUGACUACCGCAGAUCUUUGGAAUGCAUCGUUGCUUUCAAAGAGUGUUUUUGGUAGGCGAAAAGAGCAUCUCGUCAUUCUUACGCAUGGCUUACACUCUAACGUUACGUCGGAUUUAUUUUAUAUCAAGGAACAGAUUGAGAAGACUCAAAACCAACAUGAGGAAAUGCUAGUUGUGAAAGGAUUCACCGACAAUGUAUGCAAGACAGAGAAAGGCAUAAAAUGGCUAGGGACCCGGUUGGCCGAACAUAUAGUUCAUAACCUAUACAAUGAUGCUACUGUAAAAAUUUCAUUCAUUGGACAUUCAUUAGGCGGAUUGGUUCAAUCCUUCGCAAUUGCUUAUAUCUCUUACAACUAUCCAAAGUUUUUUGAACAGGUUGAACCUGUAAACUUCAUAACAAUGGCAUCUCCCAUGCUUGGGAUUGUUAGUGACAACGCAGUUUAUAUCCAGCGGCUAUUGGCAAUGGGUAUUGCCGGUAAGACGGGACAGGAUCUCAGCCUACAAACAUACAAUGGACUUAAACAGCCUCUUCUACAAACUUUAUCCAGCUCGUCUGCUUUGAGAAGGAUUCUAAAAUGCUUUAAAAGCUGCACAGUGUAUGCAAAUGCUUGCAAUGAUGGAAUUGUACCAUUAUACACAUCCGCACUAUUAUUUCUAGAUUAUGAUGAUAUUUUGGAUAAGCUUAACAUGAAUACUGAAGAUUUACAGACAGACUUCUUUCAAAGGAACUUCAUCUCUCCGCUAACUAAGGCCAUGGAUAUAUUGAUGCCUCAGAGGGUCUCACAAAACGGAACAAAGAUACCUGUGGCAUCGAUGCUUGAUUCUGCAUACUCAGUAUUGAUUCCUCCACUACCUGACAAAUCUUAUAUAACUGAUCCGAAAACAAGGAAAGACGUUGUAGUACAUGAUAAAGUAUACAGCGGACAGGAUAUUCCAGAUCAUCAAUCUAAUAGCCAAUUGGAGGUCAUGAAUAGCUCAAAUGUUCUACUUAAAACAUUUAACAUAGCUUUUGGCGGGCAGUAUAAAAAAUUGGAGGAACAAAUAGCAAGAAAUUGGCAUAAAGACGUCAAAUGGAGGAAAGUCAUUAUAAAUUUGAAGCCUGAUGCUCACAACAAUAUCAUCACCAGAAGAAGGUUCUCUAAUGCGUACGGUUGGCCGGUGGUUGAUCAUUUAACUGAAACUCACUUCUUGAAUGACGAUAAAUCUUCACGAUCAUGGAAACUGGAUCCUAUCUCGAAGGACGAAGAUUUUGACUGGAUUGUAAAGCCAACGGUAGAUAGCGUAUUCGACGUAGGUCCAACGGGCAUGAUUUGUACUUUUGGGGAAAUGUUGGAAAAUCUGAAAACGUCCACACUGGAAGGUAUGACCGAAAGCACUGUGCCAACGUCGUACAGCCAGGAAGAAUUGUUUAAAUAUGAAGACUGUUUGGAUAGGGAUGGCGGAAUACUUCCUUAA